AUGGAGUUCAACAAGAGUGAGCAUCAGGUUCUUGGUCACCUCUCUAACCAAAGCCAUUCUCCAUCAAUUGCUCAGUUUGGCCAGGAGGCCAGCUUUAGGAAGAGUCCAGGUGGGUGGGCAAAGGGGGAGGCUAAAAUAAAGUGUGCAGUAAAUGACAAGAAUCAGCCAGUGUAUUUCCUGUUUGACAACUGUCAGUCAGACGCUGCUGAUGAAGAACAAGAAAUGAUCCAGCAGCAAUCAUGGAAUCUCAGUCAUAAUGGAAUGAUGGGAUUUUUCAAGUUUCUUGAAAACAUAAAACCAAACACCCUGAAGAUGACUCGAGAAGUUUUGCAGAAACGGACGCAGUUGGAAGCAAAUGUCUCCAAUCUACAGCUACGCAUUCAAGUGAUGGACCAAAAGCAAAAUGAGCUGAAACAAACUCAAGCAGCUCUGGAGAAGAACAGGAAAUAUGUAGAGGAAAAUAAUGACUUUGAGUAUGAAGCUGAAGUUUCAUAUAAGGAGAAGAUUCCCAUCAGUUCAGAAUUUUGGCACUUGACCAAAGAGGCGACAUGCUGCACCGUCUGUCAGGAGAACUGUCAUUAUCCAGGAUGCUGGUGGGUCAGAGAUCUCUCAUGGUGCAGCGUGAUGAAAAAGAAUCACUGUACAGUGUGCACUAAUAGAUGCCACUACAGCAAACACGUCAAAGAAGCAAAAAUAUAUGUACCAAAGACAAAGAUGGUAAAGAAAACACACGAAGAUCUAAAGAGAAAAUAUGAUAAAAAAAUUGGGGAUGAUGUCUCUUUGGUGAGCAAACUGGACAAAGAUCUGCAAGAAUUAGAGAAUGAGAAAAUAAAGCUGGUGAAUCAAGCUUUUCACUGUGUGGAAAGACUGGAGAAAAUUGCACUCAAGACUGAUUCUCUAUUCACACUUCAGCACAUUGAUUUUAUGGUUGAGAAGUUGAAAGUAAUAAAUGAGGCCCAAAAGGCUGAAACACUGGAAAACAUGAAAAUGAGAGUAGGAGAAGAAAAACAAAGAACACUGGAAUAUUAUAAAAGCAUCAUUAAUCAUUAA